UUCAAAAUGGCGACCUCCAUGUGAUCAUUUGUUCGCUCAAAUUGUGUCCGAUAAAUACCUGAUAAAUGGGUUGUUAUUGCUUCGUUGAUGAAUAAAUUCGACAUCAAACAAGUUGAAUUAAGUAGAAGAGGAUUAAGUACACUCAUUCCUCUUUACUAACGUAAAAAAUUAAACAACUAAACCAAGAAAGUGACGCAACAUUUUGAGAUGGCGCUGUUUCAUACAACACAUCAAGCUGCCACCAUCCUCACAAGAUGUCUGCCUGCUGUAUCAUCACAACUUCUCUUCCAUCGAGGAUACCGACCGGAAGUCCUGAAACGUGGAAUAGAGAAAAACAAACAAAAGAAGAAGCCACUGCAUCGAGUUGUUGAAGAGAUGCUUGGCUUAGAACCUGCAAUUGAACAACCACCACGAGUUGAAUUACCUAACAACCAUCCACAAUACUCAAACAGGGUAGAUUUUGGACCGGAGAAUCCUCACUACCAUGAUGACGUUGCUUACUUAUUCACCCAUGAUGUCUCCUUACAGGAAGGUGUCAAGCAGGCGCUGUGGUUGACAAAAAGCAAACUCAUGGGAAACGGACAGAUGCCAAACCAGAUUCAGGACCUGACUACCUCUCUAGAGAUUCCUGAUAUGGACGAAAAAGUAGAGCAGUCUAUCAGACAGUGCCGACAAUAUGAUACAGUAAACAAGUUCAUCUCAAUGAAAAGAUACAGUUUUACAACGACGAUGGCCUUAAUCAGACUUUGUAGUCUACUUGGCCCACAGUACUCUGACAUUCUUAGCAGAGCACAGGCACCCAAUUACUACGUUAGUGCUAGCUGGACAAGAGAAAAUAAUGUGAUCCAAGUGAGAGGUCGGCCAGGCAUGUUAAUGACAUCCAAGAACCCUCUUCAACCGUUAGCUGGUCUAGAUGAGAUCCAACAAACUAGCGAUCACACAUUGGAGACAUUCUAUCCGCUAGCACCAACCAUUGAUCUCAGGACAUGCUAUGUGUACAAGGAUAACUACAACUUCCCCGGUUUCCAUGAUGGUUACCCGUUCCCUCACGCACACACUCUGUUUAUGUAUGGAGAGUACGAUGAGAGACAAGCUGAAAAGAUCAAUGCUAGAGGAAUCAUGUUUGCAUUUGCCAACGCUUUGUGCAGAGCCAAGUUGCAGUAUGGAACUGAAGAGAUGGACCUCCCCACCCCGUUUGUCACCCAGUGUGUCGUCACUAAUGGCGUCAACUUUUCCUACAUCCACGUUCAGCUGAACACACUGCAGUUAGACUCCAGUGACGGACUCAAGAACAUGGUGUGGCUCGAUGCAGACAGCGCCCUCUAUCAGGACAUGUAUCCACCACUACUGAAGAUACGACGCACGAAGGGCAAUCGUAAGACAGACAGACGAUAUAUUCGUCCAUUGGUUCGUCGAGACCCAGAGCUUGGUUGCAGAGAAUUGGAUGUUGAUGUCUUUAGGAAGUUCCUUGCCUGUUAUCUUAAUGGAGCAGUGAAUUGAUGUGGAGAUUAUUGGCAUGUAUUUGUCAUUCAUAAAUACCUAAUGUAGUUUACCCAUUCCCAUUGGUCGAGAGCCCAUCAUGUGACUGGUCUUAAGCAGAUGAUAAUGACGUGGCUGGCUGGUCUUAAACACUUUUCCAGUGUCGCAUAAGAUUUGGACUCCCAUGAAAACCAGUGCCUUUUAACGUCUCAUUGGUUGAACGUUCAUAUUCCUCACGUAGGCAUGCGCAAUACUACCAGUGAAUCAGUAUUUCAUAGUCCAAAAUUCACACUACACCAGCCCAGCUGUGUUUUGCAUGACAAUCUCCUUAUAAGGUAAAGGAGUUGUAGAGGGACAUUCCAUAUCAUA